AUGCAAGAACCGUCACGAAUCAUGAGCCAAGAGACCGACGGGGAGGUUGCCGGCGUUGCCAACAGCCAUGACGACAAGGACCACGUCCAUGGCACGAUCGGACGCGGGGCCGAUGCCGAUUCGGAGGAAGAAGACAACGAAGAGCAUGGUGGUGGCCAGGAGCCAUUCUUUCAGUGCCUUGAUCAGGAGCAACAACCCCCCGACACUCUGCAUUUGCACGACGCCAGGGUCGAAUUUCCCUCCGACGACGACAGUGACGGUGACGACGUCCGCUUCUCCUUCGCCACCGCCGACGGUGACCACCUCCUCGAGGAGCAGGCGGAGCUGGACCUGGACGUGGAAGAGGAGGAAGAGGACACAUCCAGGUAUGACUACGGCACGUGGAUGGCGCCGGAGCCCGUGUCCAUCCAGGAGCGCCGCCGCCGGCUGCUCCAGGGGAUGGGGCUCACCAGCAGCAAGGACCUCCUCCGGAGCCGGAACGCGAGGGCGAGGCUUCCGCCUGACAUCCCCCGCUACGUGCCCCGGCGAAAACAGCAGCCGCCCGCGGCCGUUGCCGAAGCGCCGAACACAACGAGCGCCGCGCCGGUGGUGGCCGCGGCCCUUCCCGAGAUCGCGGAACACCAGCGCAACGCUGUCCUGACCCGAUCAUGCUCCGAUAGCCGCCUCGCCGUCCUCGGAGGCGCCGCGAGGAAGCCGUCGUUAUUCUGCCGCGUGUGCUCGCUGCCGCACAGGCUGCAAGGCUCGCCGGUCCACAAGGCUCUCCGCGCGGCUGCCCUGUGUCCGUUACCAUCAGCGCCGUCAAAGGACGGAGGAACUGGCAAUGCCAUUGCCGGCGACACGGGCGGUGGCUUCAAGCACCCGGGCAACGGCAAGGAAAUCGUGGCGAACGGCCAGUUGAACGAAGCCCAGCGCAGUGCGCCGCUGAACAUCGACGAGCUCCAGCGGUUCAUCACCCACACGGCGUUCGUGACGCAGCCCGUGCGCCGCAGUCAGAGCCAGCCGGUGCCGGCGGCCGGGGCGGCCAAGGGCGACGAGAAACCAGUCGAGAAGAGGAGAACGCGGUGGCUCAGGAACAUCAAGCUCGUCGCGUCUGCCGCCGGGAUCAGAACCGACAAGGAGAAGCAGGACGGCGACGGCGGCGGCGGCGGCGGCGGCGGCGGCAGCAGACCGGCACGGACGCCUUCGGUGACCAUGUCCAAGUCGGCGUCGGCCCACGCCGCCGUGUCGUCGGCCGCCACGGGGCCCGAGCGGCUCAAGGUGCACCACUACGGCAAGUCCAGCAGGGAGCUGACCGGGCUGUACAUGCGGCAGGAGGUGCGCGCGCACGAGGGCUCGAUAUGGAGCAUCAAGUUCAGCCCCGACGGCCGAUUCCUCGCCAGCGGCGGCGAGGACAGUGUGGUGCGCGUCUGGGAGGUCUUGAACGUGGACGUCUCCUCGUCCGCCGUGGCGCAGGAGCUCUCCACCUCCCUGCCUCCGCAGCCGCCGCCUGCAUCCACGGACGGCAGGUCGGCGGCGGCGGCGCCGGGGCUGGCGGCGCAGUUGUCCAGGAGAGUGAGGAGGGGGAGGAGCAGCAAGGACGUGCUCCCGGAGCACGUCGUCGUUCCGGAGUCCGUGUUCACGCUCGCCGAGCAGCCGUCGUGCGCCUUGGAAGGCCACCAAGACGACGUGCUCGACCUGUCGUGGUCCAAGUCCCAGCAGCUGCUGUCGUCGUCCAUGGACCACACGGUGCGGCUCUGGGACGUGGUCACCAAGACGUGCCUGAGGGUGUUCCCGCACAGUGACUACGUUACCUGCGUGCAGUUCAACCCGGUGGACGAUGGCUAUUUCAUCAGCGGCUCGCUGGACUGCAAGGUGCGCAUCUGGAGCGUGCCGGACCGGCAGGUCGUCGACUGGAGCGACCUCAACGACAUGGUCACCGCGGCGUGCUACACCCCGGACGGCCAAGCUGCGAUUAUUGGGUCGCACAAGGGGAGCUGCCGAUUCUACAAGACAACAGAUUGCAAGCUUAACCAAGAGGCACAAAUCGACAUGAGCAUAACAAAGAAACGCAGAUCGCAGGCCAAAAAAGAUCACAGGAUUCCAUUUUGCGCCGGGGAACCCGUCAGAGAUCUUGGUGACAUCGGCGGACUCGCAGAUCCGGGUGUUCAACGGCAUCAGCGUCCUCCAGAAAUUCAAAGGUACGCGGCCAUGGCGGCGAGCGCACGCCCCAGCCUUCCCUUGCACGCAUCAAGGACGCCAUGCACGAACUCCGCAACCCAAAAAGGGAACCCGUGUUUCUUCCUGCCAGGCUUCAAGAACACCAGCAGCCAGAUCUCGGCGUCCUACACCGCCGACGGCCGCUACGUGGUGUGCGCCAGCGAGGACUCCAACGUCUACGUGUGGCGCCGUGUCCCCGGCAGCGUCAGCGGCGUUGGCGGCGGCGGAACGGGCGGCGGCGGCGGCGGCGCCAGCAUCAGCGUGAGGGCCAAGACGUGGCUCACCAGCCGCUCCUACGAGUACUUCUUCUGCCGGGACGUGUCCGUGGCCGUGCCGUGGCCCGGGUCGCCGCCGUCCUUCCCGCCGUGCGACGCGUCCCGGAACGGCAAGAGCGAUACGCCCAGGAAGCAGCAGAGCUCGUCGCGCCAUGACGACGUCGUGGGCGGCGCCGGCGGCUGCGUACCACGGGGGACCAAGUCCGGGCCGAUGGCGUACCACGGUGGGGGCGGGCAGCUGCUGCGGCCAGAGCUGUCCCGUCGUGAGUCGCAGUCCUCCGCGCGGUGGCACGGCGGCGCGGAGGGCGGCAAUGCGUGGGGGAUGGUGUUGGUGACCGCGAGCCGUGGCGGCGAGAUCCGUGUGUACCAGAACUUCGGGCUGCCUUUGGCCAACCUCUUCCACUGA